AUGAGUAGUUCAUCAUCAACAACCACAGACAAGAAACUCUUGGAAAAACAAUUGAGAAGUGCCUGCGAAUAUGAUGAAAAAGAAAAGGCUUCAAACCUAAUUUCGGAACAAGGAGUGGAUGUAAAUACUUUUGAUGAAAGAACACCGUUGAUUAAUGCUGCUCAAUGGGGUAAUUUGGCUAUUGUACAAAUGUUAAUUGAGGAAUAUCAAGCAAAUAUUAAUCAUCAAUCAAAGAUUGGAACAGCUCUUCAUUGGGCCAGUUACAAUGGACAUUUCGAAGUAGUCAAGUAUUUGUUAUCUAAGGGAGCUGACAAAAAUAUCAAGAAUAAUGCAGGACAAACUCCAGAAGAAAUGGCAAGAGAUAGAGGUGUUAAAGUACAUGUAUGCGAUUACUUGCGUGAUUUUGAAUAA